UUUAGUUUUGUCUCACAUUUGCUGUUUUGUUUAUUUCAUCUGCUUUUAACUUUGUAAACAAGUGUUCAAUAUUUCAUAAUCUUCUGAUUCUCGUAGAGGUUUGAUAAUAACAUUAAUUAACUGUGAUUUGAAGAGCGGAUUAAUUAAAAGUUAUGGUAGACAUUCUGAAGAAUGUUCGGCAUCAACAUGCUUCAACCAACACCGUGUAUCAUUGUUUAUAUGAUUAUUAUUACCUUGGAGUGACCAAAAAUACCCUUUCUAAAAUUUAUGCGAAGCACCGGACGACAAUCUCAUUCUGGAUCCGGAAAUAUGAGGAAAAUGGGUUUUUUAACCGCAAGGAAAAGGAAAGAGUAUAUCUGCGAUUUAAUAUCGAACAACGGAAAUGGUUAGUAGACCUAUACACAAGUUGUCCAAUCAUUUACUUGGACGAAGCCAAAGCUGCAUUUGAGCGGCAUUUCCACAAAACCAUCAGCACUUCUUCUGUAAGUAGGAUUCUACAUGCCGAAGGACUCUCCUGGAAAGUGUUAGAAAGACGAGCAGUCCAAAUACGAAUACAGGACAUUUACAGAUUUGUAUCAGAUCUGGCCAUCGUAUCAUGGGAUAUUCACUGUUUAGUAUUCCUAGAUGAAGUAUCGUUCGAUAAUCGUGGAAUGCUCCGUAAUAAGGGUUAUGCACCAGUGGGAAAGAAGCUGGUAUAUCGAGGGGAGUUUAUUCGCCGUCCGCGUUGCUCUAUGCUAAGUUUCUUAGGAUACGAUGGAGUGCUUGAAACAUAUUCGACAGAAGGAACAUUCACCAGAGAUAAAUUUUUCAGUAAUGUCCGCGCUUUUGCAACCUCAGGGGUGGUGUUCCGCAACCCACACCGUGCAGGGAAAUACUCCGUUUGGAUUCUAGACGGAGCGCGAAUUCAUUGCCAUAAAUCGAUUGUAGAAUACCUCCGAUCGUUGGGAAUAAUAGUGGUGUUUCUACCCGCAUAUGCUCCGUUCUAUAAUCCCAUUGAGUUUUUAUUUGGGUAUUUAAAACAAUAUUUAAAACGAGUAUACGUUGAAAAUAGUAGAAAAGAUCUUACCGUUGUGAUCGCAGACGCUCUUCGACAUUUCAAAAAUUAUGAUUGCUCUAGAAUCUUUGCAAAAUGUGGAUAUUUACCUGGGGGACAAUUUGAUCCAAGUCUGGGUCUUGGCCAAGAUAUGAAGCAAUUCGGAUUCAAAAUAUGA